AUGAAGCUCUACCACGUUAGCCUGGCUCUUUUCGCUGGCCUAGGCUUGGUAGCUGGCCAGGGGAUGGACAGCCUUCCACCCUGCGCGAGAGACUGCGCCACCGGUUCUAUCCCCAAAACUUGCAAGGCCAUUGAUGUGAACUGCAUCUGCUCCGACAAGUCCUUCAUCACUGGUAUUUCUUGCUGCGUUGCUUCUACGUGCUCUGCGGAGGAUCAGACCUCUGCUCUCAAUUUCGCACAGCAGAUCUGCGGUGGCGCCGGCGUAACUGAUCUCCCCCAAAGUGCUAGUUGCACAAGUGGAAACACCGCGAGUGCUACUUUGCAGACCACGGGCACAACGGCUGAUGCUUCUGCGACUACUACCGCGACUGGUGCAGCUAACGGAACCCGCCUCGACUCAUCCAGCUCUGCCAGUGCGGCGAAUGCUACCAAAACAGGAAGCAACACUCAGUCUGUGAAAACGCAGGGCGCUACUGCAACUGAUAAGAAUGCCGCAAGUAAUGCGACUGCUAGCAGUGCGGCUGGUAUUAUCUUGGGAGAUAGCAGUGCUGGCCUUGCUGCAAUCCUUGGGGCAGCCUUUUAUGCAUUGCUUCUGUAA